AUGGCUGAAGAACCUAGUGCCAAACGUAUCCGCCUCGAGGAACCUAUGAAUACAAAUGAAGCGGAAGACAUAGAUUACGACGCAAUCGCAGCAGCAGAACAGUCAAAAAAGAAAAAUACUGAAGAAGCCGUGCCUACCGAUCUCUAUUUAGAUACGAUCAAUAGACACAUGUUGGAUUUCGAUUUCGAAAAAGUUUGCUCCAUUUCCCUUUCACAGAUCAAUGUCUAUGCUUGCCUGACUUGUGGAAAAUAUUAUCAGGGACGUGGUAGAUCCUCACAUGCUUAUUUUCACAGUAUGGAUAAAGAUCACCAUGUUUUUAUCAAUCUGAAAACGCUAAAGGUCUAUGUCUUACCUGAUGGCUAUGAAGUAGAUCAUCCUUCACUCAACGAUAUUAAAUAUAUAUUGAACCCUGUUUUGACCAAACAACAAGUGCUCGAAUUAGAUCAGCAUAUCAAGUGGUCUUACGAUUUAAACAACAAAAAAUAUUUGCCAGGCUUUGUUGGUCUAAAUAACAUUAAAGCCAAUGAUUACGUUAAUGUCGUUGUUCAGGCACUUGCUCACGUUCCUUCUAUUCGCGACUAUUUCAUAUUGGAAGAUUUUGAAAAGAAGGGUGGAACACAAUUGGUGUGCAGAUUCAGCUCUUUAAUCAGAAAAAUGUGGAAUCCCAAAGCAUUCAAAGGACAAGUGAGCCCUCACGAAUUAUUGCAAGAAAUAUCUAGCGCCAGUCAGAAAAAGUUUACCCUAACACGACAAAGUAAUGCUAUCGAAUUUUUAUCGUGGUUUUUGAAUCAAUUACAUAAAGAUUUAGGAGGAACGAGAAAAAGAAACAGCAGUAUCAUUUUCAAACAAUUUCAGGGUGAACUCAAUGUUGAAUCGCAACAAAUCAUCGCCAACGUCAGUGCAGACAAGGAAACAGAGAAUGGAGAAGAAAAGAAAUUAUUUUUUGACAUAGAUAAACAAGUCAAAUCCAUGAAGACACCCUUUUUAUUCCUGGCUCUGGAUCUACCGCCUGCGCCAUUAUAUCAAGACGAGAAGGAUAAAGACAUCGUACCUCAGGUACCGUUGACGACUAUUUUGGCCAAAUAUGACGGUCAAAAGGUGCAGGAAGUGAGCAAUCAAUUGCGAAAGUACAGCAUUACAAGAUUACCUCAACAUUUAAUAUUCCACAUCAAACGCUUCGGGAAGAACAAUUGGACAUCAGAGAAAAACCCAACUAUUGUCAAUUUCCCUAUCAAAAAUUUGGACGUUUCCAACUGUACAGUAUUUUUCAUAUCGAGGAAGGGAAAGUGUCUCGCUUUUAGAGAAUACUGA